AUGACGAAGACGUACAUCAUGAACGGGCUGGUGGAGAAGAUGCAAUCCCCAGACCAGGAUUUCCGGUGCGUAUAUGGGCUUGAACGACCUGCUGGCGAGAUCAAGCAGGAUUCCAGCAGUUUCCUCGGCGAUGAAGCGACGGAGAACAAGGUGCUCAAACAGGUCCUCGCACUGGUUGAGGACAAGAUCUCCGAGGUCAAAAACCAGGCGGUCAAGUGCCUGGGGCAGCUCAUCAAGAUCAUUCGCGAGAGCCAGAUGGAGCUUGUCGUCGACAAGCUGAUUGAUUUCUCCGCGGGGAAGGACGAGGAGCUGCGGGACAUCGCCGGCCUUGCGUUGAAGACCAUCACGUCGGAGCUCCCCACCGAAGGCAAGAUCGCGACCAAGGCAUGCGAGAAGCUCACUCCCAAACUACUUCAUCAGGUUGCGAACUCCGCCACGCCCCCAGAAACGCUCAUCGAGACGCUCUCGAUUCUCUCCAUCCUGAUCACCCGCUUCCCUCAAUACCUCGCGAAUGUCGAGCCGCAGCCGGUGUCGGUGCUCACGCCCAUCCUCGACCACGCGCGGCCAGCAGUCAGGAAACGCGCGAUCACGACGCUCGCGCAGUUCCUCCCGCACUCGCAACCACGGCUCUUCGCGUCGCUCCUGACCGGGGUGAUUUCGCCGGGGCUGGCUUCGAAUGCAGACCUUGGGAAGCAGCGGACCGUGGUGCAGCUCGUCGCGGCCGUCGCUCGCCACUCACCACAACAGAUCGCACCUGCUUUGGGAGACGUUGCUCCGAGCAUCAUCAAGGAUUCACAGCGGGACGAUGAGGAGUUGCGCGAGAGCUGUCUCCAGGCUCUCGAAGCCUUUGUUCUCAGGUGUCCGAGCGAGGUCACGCCAUUUUUGUCCUCUAUCAUCCAAGUGGGCAACCAGUACAUCAAGUACGACCCCAACUACGCUGGCGGUGAUGACGACGAAGAUGAAGAAAUGGCCGACGACGAAGAUGAGGAUGAUGAGGAACUUGGUGAUGAAUACUCCGAUGACGAGGACACUUCGUACAAGAUCCGACGAUCAGCUACGAAGCUCCUCGCUGCGGUGAUCGCUACACGGCCAGAACUGUUGACGACGCUCUACAAGGACGUCUCGCCUGUCCUCAUCUCUCGUUUCGGCGACCGUGAAGACACCGUCCGUCUGGAGGUGUGGCAAACGUAUGGCGUGCUCCUGAACCAGACCGGUGUCUAUGGCGGUUCUCCUCAAAGCAACGCUGAGCAUACCGUCGGCGGCAAGCGCAAGCGUGCAGAGGGCAUGGAGGUCGAGGAGACGCCCUACACCUUGCUGCAAUCGCAAGUACCUUCUUUAGCAAAGGCCGUGCUGGGCCAGAUGAAGUCGCCCAAGACGCCUCCAGCAACGCUCGAGGCCGGUUUCUCGCUGUUGCACAAGCUGCUUUCCGUACUCCCAGGAUCUCUAGCAAGCCAGGCACCGCAGAUUGUUGCAAGCGCGAAGUCUGUCCUCGCAACUGCAUCACGGUCCAACGCGGCGUCGCUUCAGGUCACCACCAUGUCUUUCCUUGGGCUCUUCUUCUCCAAGCACGCCCCCUCAGUCUACGCGGCGCAGCUCGACUCGCUGACUCCUGCGCUCCUCUCUGCCCUCGCAGAAAAGCAUCCGAAGAUCAGCUCCGAGGCAUUCCGGGAUUUCUCCGCGCUGCUGACUGCCAUGCAACCCGUGAAGGGUGCCGGCUGGAUUGACCGCGUGUACGACGAAGCGCUCAAGCGGUUGAGCCACCACGACACGGACGCGGAGGUGCGUGCGUGUGCGGAGGAGUGCAUCGGGGACCUCUGGAUCGCGGCGACGGAGGCGAUGAAGGCAAAGAGCAGGAAGGAGUGGGAGUUCAUUUGCAGGUCUACUGGGCGCACGGACGGAGCGGUGGCUGUUGUCACGAAGGUCUCAACGAAGGUCGAGGUUGGCGACGACUGGGUCAAUGGCGCUGUUGAGUGGACGACGACGCUGCUCAAGAAGAGCGGCAGGGCUGGGAAAGUGGAGGCGUUCAACUGCUUGGAGGCGCUGCUCAGGAGGUACACGGCCAUCCCCACGGACCUCCCCUCCAGCCUGAUCCCGGUUUUCAAGGCCUACAUCACCCCGACCGAUCUCCCACUCCUCGGUGCUGCGCUCGACUUGAUCACCCUGCUUCUUGUACUCGCACCCGCAGACACCUUCUCUGAAGUCGAGCGCGACGUCCUCCCGGACAUUUACAACAUCUCGUACUCUCCGGUCAUCGUGGGCGUGCCUUUCGAGUCGCUCCUUGCAUUCUAUGGCGGCCUCGUCGAGGCAGACCUGCAGAUCGCGAGCCACGUCGUACCCAACUUGGUGCUCGCCAUGGAGAAGGCCAAGGGCGAUGUGUCGCUCCCGAACGUCGCGAAGUGUCUUGGGCAGGUCGUCAAGUCGCACCAGGGCAUCGCGGCGGGUACAAUCUCCGAGUUCGCUAAGCACCUGAAGCCGAAAUCGAAGGCGAAGUCAUCGCAGGUCGCGCUCAGCUUGCUCCUCAUGGGCGAGAUCGGGAGGUUCAUCGACAUGACGCCGAACCAGGACAUCUUCGGGCUCGUGAUCGAGAAGUUCGCGUCGGACCAGGAGGAGGUCCGGACCGCAGCGGCGUUCGCGGCGGGGAACAUCACCGUGGGCAACCUGCACCACUUCCUGCCGUUGGUGGUGAAGAUGGUGGAGCACGACCAGGAGAAGCGGCUGCUCGCGCUCAACGCGCUCAAGGAGGUCGUCACGCACUGCACGCACGGGCAGCUCGAGAUGGUCGCGGACACGCUCUGGACGCCGCUGUUCGAGAACUCGGAAAACCAGGAGGAGACGACGCGGAACGUCGCGGCGGCGUGCCUCGGCAAGCUCACGACGACGCACCCUGGACGGUACCUGCCCCAGCUGCAGGCGCGUAUCGCGGACCCGAACCCGGCGACGAGGGCGACGGUGCUCACCGCGAUCCGGUACACGUUCGUGGAGAACGCGCGGUCGUUCGACGAGACCCUAGGCAGCGUCAUCAUGGACUUCUUGUCACUCAUCUCCGACGCCGAUCUUAUGGUUCGUCGUUUGGCGCUCUCCGCGCUCAACUCGGCGGCCCGGUCAAGACCGCACCUCAUCCGCGACCAUCUACCCACUCUCCUUCCCGCGCUGUACCAGGAGACGGUCGUCAACCCGAACCUCAUCCGCACGGUGCAGAUGGGUCCGUGGACACACAAGGUAGACGACGGUCUCGACGCCCGCAAGACUGCAUACGAGACGCUCUAUACCUUGCUCGACACGUGCCUCCCGAAGCUCGACCUGUACGAGUUCCUCGGGCGCGUCGCGGCCGGGCUCGCGGACGACUCGGACGAGGUGAAGGUGAUCUGCCACAUGAUGCUCUUCCGGCUGGCGCAGGUGGCGCCGACGGCGGUCGCGCAGCGGCUCGACGAGCUCACGCCGCCGCUGGAGAAGAGCAUGAAGGGCGCGGCAGUGACGAAGGACACGGUGAAGCAGGACCUGGAGCGCACGGCGGAGCUGCAGCGGUCGACGCUCCGGGCAGUCGUCGCGCUCAGCAAGAUCAGCCAGCCGGGCGCGGGCCCGCGGUUCGACGCGUUCGUGGCGGCGACGCAGAAGUCGACCGAGUGGGGGAUCGAGUUCCGCGAGCUCGCUGGGUCCGCGGGAUCGUGUGCACAGUUCGUGGGCGGGGACGCGGCGGAGGACGCGCUGCCGGUGCUCGCGCGGCUGCGGCGGGAGAACAAGGGCGCGCUGUUCGUGUACAGCGUCGAGGUCGACGAGGCGGGGGCAGGCGGGGAGGGGCGGGGCGCGCAUCGACGGGUCGUGGAGGAGACGAAGCAUUGCAUCGACGUCGCGGCGGGCUUCGAGGAGGCGCGUGGGGCAGGGAGGGAGGAGAGAGGGACGUGGGUGGCGAUCAAGCUGGUGAGUGUGGGUUUGAGCGUGUUGGGCGCGCGCAUCGAACUGAGGGCGAGGUUGGUGCAGAGUGCUAUGGUCGAGGACGCGGAGGCGCUGCGGAGGCUCUCGAAGCGGUUGGUCCUGAAGCACGCGGCGGAGGGGUCGUGCGUCGCGUUUCCUGGGUGCCCUUCGUCUGGAGACCUUGACGUGCUGUCAGGGGUGGAUGCAGCGGGCACGCUCACCCAGGAAGACGUUGCCGCCCUCCGGGAGCUGCGCGAGGACCUCGCGGGUAUUUGCGCCCGUGCGCAGGCCAAAGGGAUCCGGAUCACCGUCGACGCGGAGCACAGGUGA